AUGUAUACACUGGUGGAAACUAGCAUCAAGAACCCUGUGCAGAAACCUAGCACACACACUGGGGAAGGUGUGCCUUCAGGGGUGACAAGCAAUACUCCCAACCCAGAAAAGUUUGUAAGCAAUGCUCCCAACCCAGAAAGGAUGCACAGCAUGGCUCCCAACCCAGAAAGGAUGCACAGCAUGGCUCCCAACCCAGAAAGGAUGCACAGCAUGGCUCCCAACCCAGAAAGAAUGCACAGCACUGCUCCCAACCCAGAAAGGAUGCACAGCACUGCUCCCAACCCAGAAAGGAUGCACAGCACUGCUCCCAACCCAGAAAGGAUGCACAGCAAUGUUCCCAACCCAGAAAUGAUGCACAACACUGCUCCCAACUCAGAAAUGAUGCACAGCAAUGCUCCCAGCCUAGAAAGGAUGCACAGCAAUGCUCCCAACCUAGAAAUGAUGCACAGCAAUGCUCCCAACCCAGAAAGGAUGCACAGCACUGCUCCCAACCUAGAAAGGAUGCACAGCACUGCUCCCAACCUAGAAAGGAUGCACAGCACUGCUCCCAAACCAGAGAGGAUGCACAGCACUGCUCCCAACUCAGAAAUGAUGCACAGCACUGCUCCCAACCUAGAAAGGAUGCACAGCAAUGUUCCCAACCCAGAAAGGAUGCACAGCACGGCUCCCAACCCAAAAAGGAUGCACAGCAAUGCUCCCAACCUAGAAAGGAUUCACAGCACUGUUCCUAAACUAAAAAGGGUGACCACCAGCUCUGCUCCUCAACCGGAAAGGGUGACCACCAGCUCUGCUCCUCAACCGGAAAGGGUGACCACCAGCUCUGCUCCUCAACCGGAAAGGGUGACCACCAGCUCUGCUCCUCAACCGGAAAGGGUGACCACCAGCUCUGCUCCUCAACCGGAAAGGGUGACCACCAGCUCUGCUCCUCAACCGGAAAGGGUGACCACCAGCUCUGCUCCUCAACCGGAAAGGGUGACCACCAGCUCUGCUCCUCAACCGGAAAGGGUGACCACCAGCUCUGCUCCUCAACCGGAAAGGGUGACCACCAGCACUGCUCCUCAACCGGAAAGGGUGACCACCAGCACUGCUCCUCAACCGGAAAGGGUGACAAGUAUGACUCCUAAACCAGAAAGGGUGACAAGCACUGCUUCUUCGCCAAGCCAACCCAAAAUAAAGAGGCCUAUGAAUGCUUUUAUGUUGUGGUCAAAGCAAGAGAGAAAAAGGAUACAUGAAGCAUUUCCCAAGUUGCAUAAUUCUCAGAUCAGCAAACGGCUGGGAACAGACUGGAAACUUCUUACUGACGCCCAAAGGAGACCCUUUAUCCUUGAAUCAAAAAGACUGUGCGCAGAACACAUUUCCGAAUUUCCGGAUUAUAAAUUCACCCCAAGGAGAAAGCCAAAGAAACUACAGCAAAAAGACCAGGAUUCCCUGCCUGGUGAUAAUUCAGCUGCGGGUAUUAAUCCCAUGGUGGGUUCUAACGGAGUUGGUCAGCGGGCAGACCAUUCUGCCGGCGUUGGUCAGCGGGCAGACCAUUCUGCCGGCGUUGGUCAGCGGGCAGACCAUUCUGCCGGCGUUGGUCAGCGGGCAGACCAUUCUGCCGGCGUUGGUCAGCGGGCAGACCAUUCUGCCGGCGUUGGUCAGCGGGCAGACCAUUCUGCCGGCGUUGGUCAGCGGGCAGACCAUUCUGCCCCUAUGAAUGGAUGGCCGACAGGUCCAUAUGUUUUUAGGCAGGAGCAGCUUGGCUACAUGCAACAUCCUGGUAUUAACCAUCCCCUAUUUCAGCAAAUGCAAAGGUUUGCUAUUAAUGGCUUCCAUUAUGGUCCCAUGUUGGCUCCUACUCAGACUUUUAGGGGUUUAGCUCCCAUAUAUAGCAUACUAGCACCCUACACUCAGCAGGCUUCUGGUACCAUGAGCUUUGGCUCUACAGCACCAAGGACUGAAUCUGAUUCUAGCUCUUCUCCGGUCUCCCCACACCCUCAACAUAUUUACUCAGCAGAUAUGAGGGAUGCAACACGCAUGUAUUUGCCUCUAAAUCGAAAUGUCAGUGACCCAUCUUCCGUAUCAAACCGGCUACAGAAUGUUCCUCAGCACUACCAAAAUACCGGCACUGGAAGGAAUGGGAUGCAUAAUACAAACCUAUAAAAUCUGUAUGAUGUGCAGUGGCAAAGACUUUUUUGCUUGAUUUUUAAAACCUAUGGAGGAUGCAUUUUUUUAUUUUUGUUUUCUAGAAUGAUUACUGGACACCUUUUUUGUGUUCUGGAAUUUUUAAACAUACCAUUUUGUACAGUGGCAUUAUUUUACAGUUACUGCUUUUUUAUGUAUUGUACACAUUUUGCACUUUUUUUUUGCCAAAACCUAAUUUGUAACUACCUCACCCAAUACUAAUGCUGUCCUGUGUAGUAAAGGAUUUUUUUUUUUUCACACAUUUUUGACCUACACACAUCAAUAAAUUGACUAGAUUUAAUCUUCUUACUUUGUAGGCUGCUUUUUCAUUAUAAUGCAUGAAUAAACCUUUCAUGUUGCUAUCAAGUCAAUCACAACUGAGGUGUGUGUCCCCCCUACUCAAAGUAAAAACGGAUGAUUAAUCAGUCAGUGCAAUGUGUAAUGACGCACAAAAUGCUGCAGCCAGUUAAUUAAUGGACUGAUGAGU